AGAAGAUUUUUGUAUAAAUUCCAAGUUAUCGGCGAUUCGCCUUCAAUAUUAAGUAAUCAGCUAUCUUGAAGCAGCUAACAUGAAUCAAACGAAACGGAUUUAUCCACUCGCAAUAUUAUUAAAAACUCUGUUAGUCAGUUUGGCUGUUUCCAGAGUAAGUGGUACUUUUAAAAAGAAUCCAUUUCUGCCACCCGCACCGCAACAGCCUGCAUAUUAUCAUCCAGCCCCGGCACCGCCACCAGUUGUAUACCACCCAGCACCUGCACCGCCCCCAGUGGUUUACCAUCCAGCGCCACCACCGCCACCGCAAAGGUCGCCUCAAAUCAUCAUAGUACCUGUGCAAACGUAUCCCGCACAUCCACCGCCCCGACCGGCACCUGUUCAUCCCGCCCCGCCGCCACCGCGUCCAGUACAUCCACCACCGCGUCCAGUACAUCCACCAACACAUCCAGUACAUCCACCACCACGUCCAGUGCAUCCACCACCACGCCCAGUGCAUCCAGCACCACGCCCAGUGCAUCCAGCACCAGUCUAUACUCAACCAGCACCACCAACGAAGGUGUUCCAACCCACUUUGGUUAUACAGCCAAUUCUAUAUCCUGGCGGUAGAGGCGGCGGUGGAGGAAAAGGGUGCAACUGUCAUAGCAUGUAGAAAAGGUGAACCAAUAUAUUCAAAAUAAAAGUAAACCUAUAGGUACAUAAAUAAAUCGUAGACCUGCAAA